AUGGCUCCCGGCUUACUUUCCAGCCCGCUAACGAGACCAGACUUGCGCCCGGCAAAUGUGGUCUUGGAACUACAAAGCCUUGAUGGCCUCGAAGAGAACCAGGUGCUAGAGAAGCUUGGCGAGCCCAAGACGCAAAGCAUUACCAUUCGCGAGGAUUGUAACCCGACUCCGGACGUCCCAUACGCUCCCAAAUACAUGGUUCAACAGGUCGAUUUUCACGAGACGACCGACCUGGGGCCCAUCUUGCCGCGGGCCGUCAUCAUCGACUUUGGGCAGGCUGUGAAGACGGCCGUGGAACAGCCGCCGUUUGGCAUACCGACCGAUUAUGCGGCGCCAGAGGUGAUUUGGAAGAGAAGCGGUGGCCGGGAAGUGGACACAUGGUCGUUGGCUUGUACUCUGUACGAAGUUCGCGUUGGCAAGCACUUGUUUGAAGUCCCUCAUCUGGUUGUGUUAGACGAGGACGACUACGAAUAUGAGAUUUCCUCCGUGAUAGGAGAGCGAAUGAAAGAGCUUGGAGAUGGCAGUGUGAAUACGGCGGCGGCGGCUGGCCAGAUUUGCAAGAGGGCCUUUGGCGACGAUGUCACUGCCGAGCAGGGGCAGUGGGCGGAGAUGCUGGCCGGUUUGCUGAGGUACGAACCGCAUCAGAGGCCCAAGGUGCAAGAGUUGCUGAAAAACGCGUGGUUUGACACGCCUUAG